AUGACGGUGCGCCUUGCAACGGGCGCAUCCGUAACAGUAGAAAAACGUGUAGUGGGAAUUCACUACACGCUUGAAGGCAAAAAGUACGAUGAUGAUUUCAUCGUACUUGAUCUGGAUGACAAAUUUGAUGUCAUCCUAGGAUUACCAUGGCUCAGAAGAGUUCACAAGCGUGUGAGUGUUCUGCGAGUGAGUGUGAUAGGCUCCUGUGGCUCGGUCGCUAGCACGACUGCACAAGAACUCAGUGUGACAGACAGUCACACUGUGGAGCAAGAUGCCGGCGGCUGUGCACAAGCACAGGCAGCGCCGAAGGUCCAUCACUCGAGCAAGUCGAGUGGAUCGGGACAUGAAUGCUCGCUUAGAGGGCAGCAUUCACCGAUGAGUAAACUGUUUGCCCAGAAGCGGCAACACGGUAAUCCUAGAUCAACUGGAGAGUUGAACGUAGAGAAUCUCGCUGUGGUUGCGCCACCACAGCUAGAGGAAGUCGAUGGAACAAGUUCCAUCGAGCCUGCGGGAAUAAGUCCCCAGGAAAUAAUUACUGAGGGAAUAAGUCCCCAGAAAGUAACCGAGACGUUAAACGUCUUGGUUGAUGACGGAUCAAACGUAGGCGCUUAUACGCUUGAUCUGAUCGCGCCUCCAAAGUUAUAUUCGGAGAUACCGGAGUUGCCUACGCUCGAUUCUAAAAGGUUCUUGCGUGAUCUGCGUAGUGGCAAAGUCAAGCAGAUCUGUGUGCUCGUCGCAGAGGACGAGUACAUGACUGACAUUCGGUUUGAAAAAGUAUUUGCCGAGAACGAAAAUGUUCUCAGCAGCUCAACAAUGGACGAAAGUGUCCUUGAUGAGAAGACUCGGAUUAAGCGAUGCACAUCGCAAUCCUGGGAGUCACUGAAGUCAUAUACUUUGUAUAAGGAUUUGGUCGAAUUCAAGGAUGUAUUCUCUGUAUCCGUUAUGUUGGCCACUGCCACGGGAACAGGUCGAGGCGAUCGACUUGUUCUUGCCAAUCGCCUAGCAGCGGGCCAUGUGAUGGAGUCAACUUCACCUCACAGCUCUCCGACCUUCUGUGUGCGCAAGGCCACAGGAGGGUGGCGGAUAGUGCACGCGUUCAAUAAGUUGAACGCUGCAACGAUACCGGCGCAAACGCCGAUACCGAGAAAGGACGUAAUCAUAGAUGGUAUGUCUAAGAGUAUUAUCUUUUCGUCCAUCGAUCUGAUGGAUGGUUUCUAUCAGAUCAUAAUGCGUAAACGGGACAUCCCGUACACAGCAGUGAGCACUCCCAGUGGUAUGCUCUGGAAAUGGUUUGUGAUGCCGCAAGGGCUCAGUAAUGCACCGGUCACAUUCAAUAGAUGUGUUUCACAGCUAUUGAGACCGGUGCGCGAAUUCGCACCGAGUUACUUCGAUGAUGUGUUCGUCCAUAGUCGAGCUAUGGACGGGAAAACAGACGUGGAAGUCCAUAGACUCCACGUCCGUAAGGUUCUUACACUUAUGCGCGAGCAUAAGUUGUACGCCAACCUUAAGAAGUGUAUAUUCGCAGCUAGCGAAAUACCACUUCUUGGGUGCAUCGUCGGAAAGAACGGCGUACGCCCUGAUCCAGAAAAGAUCAAGGCGAUCACCGUCUGGCCAGUACCAGUCGAUGACAAGGGAAUAAGGAAGUUCCUUGGGCUAGAUGCGUACUUGCACAAGUACUCACGAAACUACACCGAGAUGACAGUACAUCUUUCUUGUUUACUCAAGAAAAAUGUUAAGUGGAUGGGAACACUGACUGUCAGCGUCCCUUUGAACGUAUCAAGCAAAGCUUGA